CGCUGGAGCCACUCUGAAAUAUCUCCUCCGCUUCCUCCUCGUCACUUCUGCCUCGUCUGCGUCUGUGCGGCUGCAGAGCUGAAAUUACCGGUUAAAAUGAACACUUUGAGUUUAUUUGUGGGUUUGAUCGCUUUGUACUGCGUACAUGCAAAGAUCUACUUCCGGGAGGAGUUUCUAGACGGCGAUGAAUGGAGAAGUCGCUGGGUGAACUCCAAACACAAGUCUGACUACGGAGAGUGGAAGCUGACGGCGGGGAACUUCUACGGAGACGCAGAGAAGGACAAAGGUCUGCAGACCAGCCAAGACGCUCGCUUCUACGCCGCCUCGGCCCGCUUCGAGCCGUUCAGCAACGAGGGGAAGUCUCUGGUCAUUCAGUUCACGGUCAAGCACGAGCAGAAGAUCGACUGCGGUGGGGGCUACGUGAAGGUCUUCCCGUCCGACCUGGACCAGACCGACAUGCACGGAGACUCCUCCUACUACGUCAUGUUUGGCCCCGACAUCUGCGGCUACACCACCAAGAAGGUCCACGUUAUCUUCAAUUACAAGGGCAAGAAUCAUCUCAUCAAGAAGGAGAUCAAAUGCAAGGAUGAUGAGUUCACCCACCUGUACACACUGAUCCUGAACCCAGACCAGACCUACCAGGUCAAGAUUGACAAUGAGAAGGUGGAAUCUGGAAGUCUGGAGGAGGACUGGGACUUCCUGCCCCCCAAGAAAAUCAAGGACCCUGAAGCCAAGAAGCCAGAAGAUUGGGACGACCGUCCGAAGAUCGAUGAUCCCGAAGACACCAAGCCUGAGGACUGGGAGAAACCAGAAUACAUCCCAGAUCCUGACGCCAAAAAGCCUGAAGACUGGCAGGAGGACAUGGAUGGAGAAUGGGAGCCGCCGAUGAUCAGCAACCCGGAGUACAAAGGAGAAUGGAAGCCCAAACAGAUCGAUAAUCCAGACUACAAAGGAGCCUGGGUGCAUCCAGAAAUCGAUAACCCCGAAUACAGCCCAGACGCAAACAUCUACAAGUUCGACAGCAUCGGGGUUCUGGGUCUGGACCUCUGGCAGGUCAAGUCAGGGACCGUCUUCGACAACUUCCUCAUCACCGACGACGUGAAGGAAGCGGAAGACGUGGGCAAAGAGACGUGGGGCGCGACGAAGGAGCCGGAACAGAAAAUGAAGCAAGAGCAGGACGAGUUGAAGCGAAAAGACGAAGAGGAAAAGAACAAGGACCAAGACACAGACGGGGAUGAUGAAGAUAUUGAUGAAGACGAGGAAGAAUCAAAGGAAGAAGCAGAGGAGGCACUUUCAGAAACAGAUGAAGAUGCUCAGGCUAAAGAUGAGCUUUGAAGAAAGGUUGCAGUAGUGUGUGUGUGUGUGUGUGUUUUAUGUCCCACAAAGCCUGUGCGUUGGCGCUCAGGAUGGUUGUGGUUGCUGUGCAUCCUCUUCCUGCCAAAAGGGCAAAACCAAACUCUGGGGUCUAAUCUGGAAAUGGGGUCUUGUUGAUCUAGAACUUUACAUUUCUCGACAAUCCUAAACUACAAUCUGACUAGAACAAAAUAAAAGUCUGCUUUUGUAACAGAAUGCAGUCUGUUGGCUCUGCCACCUAGUUUGUUUUUUUAUUUCUUUUUCACCGGAAACCUUCCUAAAGUCUGUUUUUGAUUUGAGGUGUUGAAAGCGGAUUUCUGGUUCUGAACGGUGGUCACAAACGGGAGAAAUCCUCCUGUUCGGGUUCAUGUUGCAGAACAACGUAGAGGAAAAACGAAGCACAUGUGGAACCAAUGAAAGCGUUUCUCUGCUUUUUACAGGACAGAAUGUUUCUGAUACCAAAGUUUUUAAUAAAGAUGUGAUUUUUUUUUUUUUAUUGCAUAAACGUUUCUGAAGGGUUGUGACAGAAACGGCACUGUGGCGGUUGAGUCUUGAUUGACGCGAAUCGGAUGUUUGUCCUUAUUGUCAAAGGUACAACCAAAUAAAAGGUGCUCUCUGA